GGAUAUUGGAACCAGUUAAGCGCUCUUUUUGAAACGUUUCCCUCAGCUGAUUUCCACUUUUUAAAAUAUGGCUUGGUAAAAUUUGUCUGAUUAUUAUCAGCAUCGACAGUAGAAGUAGCUGAAUUUCGUGCUUAGAGCUAUGCAGAUAAUCUCUUGAUUUAUCCAUACGUUCUCAUAAUUGUAAUUUGUUGGUGAAAAUUUCAUGAAUUCGGAAUUCGUUGGUAUUUCUGCAGCUAGAAGUAGUGAAAGUGGACCUACAGGUAUUAUUAAAAACCAAAACAUUCAACUCAACGAUUCAUCACGGUGCAUAUUAAAUAGUGCAAUCAAUGAACUUGAUGAUACUCCUGGGGUACCUUCGCUAACAAACUGCCCUCAAGAAAGCAAGCGAAAAAGUGCCAAAUUGUCGUCUAAACAUCAGAAUGUUGGCAAAAUGGAUGAGCUAUCUACGCGUCCACAACCACCAUGUUCUGUUAAAUUGAUCGAUGAAGAAGAACGUAUUCUGUUCGAUGAUGCCGAUGUUUUGGCUUGGAAUUUGGGUUGCCCAGCUGAUAGAACUGUAAAAUUGAUUGCUAUUGUUGGUAAUACAGGCGAUGGAAAGUCACACACUUUAAAUCAUGCCUUUUGUGGUGGUAACAGUGUAUUUGUAACUUCAGCUUCCCAAGUCACAUGUACCAUUGGGAUAUGGGCAGCCUAUCUGCCCAAAGAAGGCUAUCUUCUUAUAGAUACUGAAGGUUUACUUGGUGCCAGCCCUAAUCCUAACCGACAACGGCGUUUACUGUUAAAAGUAUUUGCAUUAGCUGACGUGGUUAUAUAUCGUACCAUGUCAGAUCGUCUUCAUAGUGAUAUGUUCACCUUUUUAGCAGAUGCAAGCGAUGCAUUUUCAGAACAUUUUCGUCCAGAUUUAGAGGCAUUAGCUGAACGUACUGGUCUACCAUGGACGCCUGGUCAACUAGGCCCAGUUGUUGUCGUGUUUCAAGAGACUCAACACACACUUCCACUUGAUGAACCUCGCGCUAUGACUGCGGGGAAUAAUGAUGGAUGUAAUGAUCGUUUAGGAUCAGCUGAACCAUCUAACGAAAGAAUGUCUGCUUUGAGUUCCAGGUUUCUGACAGAACGUCUUGUGGCAAUGAGGCGUAAUGCCAAUGCAUUUUCUUCACUUGUGUAUGUUGGAACACAAACUAAAGCGCCACCAACAAAUUUCCAGCCUCUAGCAUCUAUGGUUGCCAAAAAGAUACGUGAUAUAUCUGUUAGAGCUCCACGUAAAUUAGUGCAUAUAUUUCAUAUUCUACAAGCGUUGAAUACACGUUUCUCAUCUGAUCUGCCUUGUUCAUCACCAACAUUUGUUGAAGAAUAUUUCACUUGUCCGUGUAAAUGUACUAGUUGUGGUGUAAGAUGUUGUCUAAGCGUUAAUCACACUUCAAAUAAUGUUAGUCAUAUGGCUGAAUUUUUGGAUUCCAAUGGAAUUAAUACAACUCCGUGUCGUUAUGAUCCAGCACUUCAGAAUAAAUUGUAUUUCUGCAAGCUUUGCUAUGCUUAUGGUCAACGAACUAUGAUGGUCCCUAAGAGUGGAGAAUCAAAUGCCAGUGCUCUUUCAGCAGUUGUAAAAUAUCUUUGGGCUGGUUAUGUUUUAGAAUGUCCAAGGCAUGGUACUAUUUAUCGUAGUCGUGGUUAUUGGUCAGGUAAUGUAGAGCCUGAGAUGAAUCCUCAAGUACACUGGGAAAUUGUACAUGUUUGGCAAGGGGAAAAGUCAAUACUCUCGGGUACACAUCCAGUUAGUCAGUUAUUAUUAGAUGGAUUAACUGUUGUUUCUAGUCAAGUAAGUCAAUUGGCAGGUCCUCCAGCACGUCGACUUGGUGAUCUAAUCGCUGAUAGUGUAGCUCCUCGAUAUUGGCAGCCUAAUUCUAGUAUUAAAGCGUGUGCAGUUUGUAAAAUUGAAUUUCCAAGUUCUUCAGAUGAUUCUGUUUGUACAAGUAAUUAUCUGUCAAAAGAUAAAAAUCAAUCUAUGAAUGAUAGUCAUCAAAAAGAUAAAAUAUCUGUUAGUCAAAUGAAUUCUGUUCUUCAUCGGUCUUCAUCAUGUGCAGAGUCAUUAAAUCGUGAAUCGAAUUCUCCAAAAUCAUUAAGACCAUUUAUUGAUGAUUUUUCUAAACAUCAUUGUCGUGCAUGCGGUAGAGGUGUUUGUGCAAGAUGUUCUACUGGUCGUUUACCUGUUCCUGAUCAAGGUUAUGGUAAUGAAGGUGUACGUGUUUGUGAUCAGUGUUACGAAGCUCGAUUACGUGAUAAAGCUGUCGAUUCAUCAAAUAAAAAUCGUUUAUCUGGGAUGAAUUAUAAUUCACAAGUAAAUAAUACUUCAUUGACUGGUCGUAAAGUGAUUGAAAUGUUAUCAGCUACAGCGGAUUAUAUUGCUCCAAUAUAUACUGGACCUAAAGAACUAGUUAAAUCUCUUGCUCGACCAGAUUACUGGCAACCUGAUGAAUUAUGCACUUCAUGUUAUGUAUGUUGUGCUCCUUUUGGUUCUCGUCGUAGUAUUCAUCAUUGUCGUUCAUGUGGUCAAGGUGUUUGUGGAUUAUGCUCUCAACACUGUCAACCUGUGCCUAAAAGAGGUUUAGAUUUUCCAACACGUGUAUGCGAUCGUUGCUAUCAACCAUAUAUAAAGAAUUCAGAAAUUUCUAAUCUUACCACCGUUGUAAAUGAACAUCAAAGCUCAAAUGUAAGUAAUAAUGUAAAAAGUCAAGAGAGUCAAUUACAAAAAUCUAAUGUUCAAACAAUUCAAUUUAAACGUCAUACAUUGAAUACUUCACAAAAAAGGAAUUCACAGAUUUAGUUUAUCUUCAUUGACACUAAUGGAAACUUACACUCAUAUAUAUAUAUAUAUAUAUAUAUAUAUAUAUAUAUAUAUAUAUAUAUAUAUACGCAUAGAAGAGAAAACAGACUCACUCUUUCCCUUUUCCUUUCCAAAUUUGAUGUAAGAAUUGGUGUUUCAGUUGUAGUAUUCAUUGAGAGGAUGUUCCAUUAUAACUGGUAAUUUUUUUUCUUAUCAUCUAAGUUAUUAUUAAUCAGACUGUUCAAUAAUCGAGAUAUUUCCUGUUUAGAGUGUAAUCACUGUGAUCUAUUUUCUCGGUAAUAUAACCUGUGUUUAUUUGAUUUCUUCACUGUUUACUUUGUUUUUGCCUUCAUUUCUUCUGCGUUGUCAAUGUUGUCUUUUCUUCUAUUGUACUAUUACUUACAUGUUUAUGCUUUACAGUGAUGUGUAUACAAAUUGGUUUGGGUUACUUUCAUUUCAAUAAUCUGUCUAUCUAUCUAUCUGUCUAUCUAUCCCAUUCAUAAGAUAGUUGCUUAUUUGUGUGUUACAAAAGAUUUUCGUUUUUUUUUUCUAUUUGGUAAACAUUUUUACACAUUUCUGGUUAAUUUUCUUACUUUCAAUCCAUCUUUCUGUGUUAAUGUUCGUUUUUAAGCGUAUUAUACUUGUCUCUAUAGGUUUGAUUGUUGAGAAUCUGUGUACCAGCGUAAUGUUUCUAAUGUCUAUUCAACAUUGAAGGUGGUUAUCUUUUUGACAAAAGAAGUGAGUAGAACUUUAGAUUAUCUAUCAGUACACUUUUUAAAAGUGUUUUUUUUUAAUUCCUAAUCUUAUCUGAUGGAGUAUUUGUAAUCAAGAUUUUGAUAUUGUAUCAAUACAUUACUCCAAUAAUCCAGUAUGAUUUUAUUUCAUUUAUCGCAUAUUUUCUUCUGUUCCCUUUGUGUUUAUUGUUAAGACUGCUACAUAUAAGUAAUAAUAAUAAUAAUAAUAGUAAUUAUAAUGCUAUCAUGAUAAUCAGUAUCAUCAUCAUCAUCAUCAUCGUCAUUAUCAUAUUCAGUAAUUGUCAUAACCUACCUUAUUUUUAUAUACACUGAAAUGUAUUUUGUAUUCGAAAAGAUAUUUAUCCAAGUACUGUGUUCUACACCUUAUUUAUUUGGUUUUAUUUCCUCUCUCAGAACUUUUCAUUAUCAUAUACUUUGAUUUCAUAUAAUAAGGGGGGAAAAAAAAUACAUGUACAUUUAUUUACCCAUUCAUCGAUAUACAUAUAUAAGGUUUUAUUCACACUAAACGAAAAAGAUCAAACUUAUCAAGAAACUUAGAGGUUUGUG